UCGAUAUCAUUUUUGCUUUAAAGCUGUGUGUGCUCAUGUAGGCUAUUAGAGACACAGUGUACAGACAGCGGGGUGUGCAGAUCGCGCCUGUAUUUCCCUCUUGGCACAAUCACUUUUUUACACGGCGCCCCCAUCUGGGGAUUGGAGCUGUGGCUUGUCAGUAAAUUAGCCCACCCUCUGAAUAUUAAAGUGCACUACUGGGGGGAAACUGAGCCAGACAGCGAGACGGUGGCGAAAAAGAUAACCAGUCACCAGACAAGGACACGACAAGAGCGAGCUCGAGUCACUACUGCGUGUUGAAACUUGCAGUGAUGGAGGGGGAAAUGCAACCUGCCGACGAGGGUCUCUGCGCCCCAAAGAUGUGCCGUCAGCAGCGGGGUCCAUACAGCAGCCUCAAGACCUUCCCAAACAAGCGGUUGGCGGGGAAGGCGCGGUUCGACAGACCCACAAUGGUCGAUAUCCCGCUGCUGGGAGACAGAGGCGGUCAUCACUACAAUCAUCAUCUCAAUCACCAUCAUCCUUAUCAACAACAGUAUCAGCAACAGCAGCAGCAACAGCAGCUCCACCAAACCUCCCUCACCAUAAGCAGCAGCAGCCAGUAUCUCGCGACACCGCAGCUGCAGCAGCAACAGCGUUUCGCAUGCGAUAACAGGCCCAGCAGUAGACCCGCGACAUCUACCUCAGCAACAGUGGGGAGUGUGGCGGCAGCAUCACUUGGUUUCCAGGGGAGGGUCGGCAGCGGCACGGCGGUGCGCCAGGACCCCACGUUUUCGCCUGGACGAGCCGCGCUCAACCACGAAUCUCCCGACUGCACUUACAGGAUAAGCUCAGAAAACCGUCUCAUCUUGGAUGCCUUCGCACAGCAGUGUAGCCGGGUCCUCACUCUUCUCAACAACAACGGCCGGUUCGUGGAGCCGCAAGCUCCUCUGCCCUCCUCUCUCACCUCCCACAUCAAGCAGGAGGACAGCUGCCUCUCUGGACCUGGGGGGGAGUCAAAGCCAGUCGCGGGUCAGGGGGGUCAUUACCCCACCCUGGGCACGCCACGGCUUGAGGAGAGCUCCACCGUCGACCCUGAUGACGAAGCCCAGCACAGCCACUGGAGCCAACAACAAACAUCCGCCUUCCUGCGCAUCUUCACGGAGUCCCUCCAGAGCUAUCUGCUCACUGGGAACCAGCAGCCUCACCCGGGCCCGGGCCUCGAGGCAGAGCAAUGCCCACCGGCUGAGCCCGAGUCUGGGGGGUCACCGGGCCACAACCUGGGGGGCUGGAGCUCACCGGCCCCCUCGGAUUCGUAUGGCCACCCCUCGUCCACCCUGCCGGAGGAGGAAGAGGAGGAGGAGGAGAGCUGCUGCCCUCGCUGUGUGGAGCUGGAGCAGGAGGUGCUGUGUCUGCAGCAGGAGAAUGAAGAACUGCGGAACAAGAUGGACAACAUACCAGCUCCCUGCCAGAAUGUGCUGGACUUCUUCAAGACUGUUCUCCAGCACCAUGACCAGUUUAUACAGCCCACGGCAGAGGAACAACUAACAGAGGAAGAAGAACGGAAAACAUAUGAGGGCAGUAAACAGCUCCUGGGGAACUACCCCCUCUUCAUCACCAACAAGCAGUGGGACGAGGCAGUCAACUCGUCCAAGAAGGACGGCCGGCGGCUGCUGCGUUACCUGAUCCGCUUCGUCUUCACUACGGACGAGCUCAAGUACUCGUGUGGCCUGGGCAAGAGGAAACGCUCCGUUCACUCAGGAGAGCCUGGGCCGGAGAGACGGCCGCUCAACCCCGUCAAAGUCACCUGCCUCAGAGAGUUUAUCCGAAUGCACUGUGCCUCCAACCCUGACUGGUGGAUGCCUUCUGAGGAGCAGAUCAACAAGGUGUUCAGCGACGCGGUGGGUCAUGCGCGCCAGGGUCGGGCCGUGGGCACCUUCCUGGGCAGCAGUGGCAGUAGCACUAGCAGUCUUUACAUGGAGGCUUACGACGGGCCCCUGUCACAGGAUGAUGUGUACCUGAAGGGCUCUCACAAUGGCCUGGGGGAUUGAAGGGAGAAGGACUGAAGCCUUGGUCAGGAUUCAAUCCAAGGUGCGUUAUAAAGCAGCACACUAUACAGCCGUCAGUGCGCCUUUUAAAGGCAAUUUCCCCAGCUUUCGUGGAGAUCACAUUCAUGGUGAAUGCUGCAAAUGUUGGCUCAAGCGUAAAUUACCUUUAAAAGGCGCAUUGUCGGCUGUCUAGGGCGCUGCUCUACAAUGCGACUUGGAUUUAAUCCUGGCCACUGUCUUCUAACAUGUGGCGUCACUCCUACACGAUGCUUGUCCCUCAACCGGGGUGGUGAUACUGCUGAUUUGUCACCACAGAUGGUUUACAUAGCAGGUUAGGAUAAUUAACGUGGCAGGUUAGGAGAUUGAGGUUAAGGUUAGGAAAAGGGUUCGGGUUAGGCUUAGCUACAAUGCUACAGUUGUCAACAACUGUUGUCCCCGACACGCCCACUAGAUGGCGCUGUAGGCCUACUCCAUCUAGCCACAACGGUAGAAACCUAAACAGACCAUCUGUGGCGACAAGUCAUCAGUAUCAUAACACUGGUUCAGACGAAACUAAUGCUAUCUGAGGAUGAGGAUGGUAGAACUGUAGGCCGAGCCAACUGGUACUAACCUGCUCUUCUGCCAUAAUGCUACAGAGCAGGGCAGGAAAAUAACAUUCAAACAACAUUCAAGAGGACGUAGUCUCCCCGUUCAACUUGCUAAAAUACCUGUU